CUUCCUCUAUCCUACAGUCUCUCGCUCUGAAGCCAGCGUACCGACUGCUCCCGACGCAUUGCAGUGAAUACAGCAGACUACGUACGAGCACACCCCGACAUACAAACACUCGCUCCCGGCUCGGCCGGCCUUACAUACUGAGAGGCGACAUCAACAUCAGACCUGCGCUCUUCAGCGCCACCACUCAUCACAGCAACAACACACAGCAUGAAACUGUCAAUAUCAUCGCUAAUAUGCCUCCUUUUCGGCAUCUCGCGGUUCGCAACCGCAGAGCAGAUGCUCUACUCCGACUCCCUCAACCCAUGUCAGACCAAUAACAACUUCAGCGCGACGCAAUUCGACGUCGUCCUCACCCCCGCCAACAACAGCUUGGCCUUCAGCAUCGUCGGUGUUAGCACAAUCCAGGGCAACGUCACAAUAGACUUGGUCGUCAUUGCGUAUGGCUUGAAUGUCUACCAGACCACGCUGGACCCGUGCACUAUGGGCUUCCAAGGACUGUGUCCGAUGAGCGAGGGUCAGAUCAGUCUGCCGCUGUCCAAUGUGCCUAUACCCGGGAGCGCGUUGAAGGAGGUACCGGGGAUUACGUACACGGUGCCGGAUUUGGAUGCGAGGGUGCAGGUCUACUUCAACUCGUCGAAUACGGGCCAGGCGGCGGCGUGUGUGGAGGCGGAGUUAUCCAACGGCAAGACUGUGGACCAGGCAGGCGUGGCGUGGGGUUUGGCAGUGACAUCGGGUCUGGCGCUGGUUGCGUCGGCGAUUACAUCCGGGCUGGGCCACUCCAACACCGCGGCGCACGUGGCCGCAAACGCCAUGGCAUUGUUCGGUUACUUCCAAGCGCAGGCGUUCAUUGGCAUGACGGCCGUUCCUUUGCCGCCCAUUGCGGCAUCCUGGACGCAGAAUUUCCAGUGGAGUAUGGGUAUCAUCAAGGUCGGCUUUAUCCAGAAGAUUGCCACGUGGUACCAGCGCGCCACCGGAGGCACACCGUCUACCAUUCUUUCCAGCCUGGCCACCACCUCUGUGCAAGUGCAGAAGCGGAGUCUAGAUGUACUCCACGCAUUGGUCAAGCGAGCUGCCAAUACCGUGCGUGAGAACAUUCUCCGCGCUCGCAGCAACGCGGCCGGUGCCAAUGGCAACGACACCUCCAACAAUGUCGUCGUGCGCGGCAUUCAGCGUGUCGGCUUCCGGGCCGGCAUCGAGGUCACCAAUAUCUUCCUGACGGGCUACAUCUUCUUCCUAAUCUUCACGGUGGCAGUUGUACUUGGCGUAAUCAUCUUCAAGCUCGUCUGUGAGUUGCUGGUGAGAAUGGGCAAGAUGAAGGGCGAUACCUUCCAGGACUUUCGCCGAGGCUGGACGACCGUCCUCAAAGGAAUCUUAUUCCGCAUCGUCCUGAUUGGCUUUCCGCAGAUGUGUGUCCUCUGCUUCUGGGAGUUCACGCAGCGCGACUCCGCCGCAGAGAUCGUGCUGGCCAUCUGCACGAUCUUUGCCAUGCUAGCCAUCCUAGCCUGGGCGGCGAGUAAGGUCAUCCGCUUAGCCCGCCGCAGCAUUUCGAUGCACAAGAACCCGGCUUACAUUCUCUACUCCGACCCGGUUUCGCUGAACAAGUGGGGCUUCCUCUAUGUGCAGUUCAAGGCUACGGCAUACUACUUCAUCGUACCCUUCCUCGUCUACAUCCUCAUCAAGGGCCUGUUCAUCGCACUGGGUCAGGGAAGUGGAGUGGUGCAAGCCAUCGCACUCGUCGUCAUCGAGGCUGUCUACUUCAUUACCCUCUGCGUACUGCGGCCGUACAUGGACAGGAAGACGAACGCCUUUAACAUCGCUAUCAGCGUCAUCAACUUCAUCAGCGCCAUCUUCCUGCUGGUGUUCACGGGAAUCUUCAACCAGCCCGGCAUUGUAACGGGCGUCAUGGGCGUCAUCUUCUUCAUCUACAACGCCGCCUUCUCCACCAUCCUCCUCCUCAUCGUCCUCAUCGCCUCCAUCAUCGCCGUCGUCGCCAAGAACCCGGACACGCGCUAUCAGCCCAUGCGCGACGACCGCGGCAGUUUCAUUAAAUCACAAACCCACCUCACCACUGAACUCGACGCACUUGGCGCCACGGCCCGAGGCGAAGGGAAGCAUGGCUGGGCGCCCAAUGGCAAGUCUGGGGCACGGAUUGAGGAUGAAGAGGAUAGCUGGUCCGGGGGCGGGAGUAGUGAUCGGACGCAGCAGGAGCAGACGGGGUAUCAUGGCGCUUCGAUGAGUGAUGCGGAGGGUGGGGAUGGGAGAAGUCGGACGAGUGCGUAUGGGGAUGAGCAGCCGCGGCGGCAUCAGGGAGGUGGACCUAGCCCGUGGCACCGUGGCGCUGGGUUCGAGUAGAAAGAAGUUCUCCAGCAUGGAUAAUUGGAGCAUGGUGAGGCGUUUUCUUGGCCGUGAACAUGGCCCGGGAUGUGCGGUAGUCCUGGUU